AUGGCUACAGGCUCUUCCAUCAAUGAAACCUGCCCUCUGGAACCUGCCUUCCAAGUGGUUAACGGUUCCACCUACAACUGGACGAACGCCUGGGAUCAAUUCAGGCGGGUCGACGGCCGCAAUAUAUCGGGGCGAACCGAGCUACAGCAAAUCUGGUCUGUGAACCUUGGCAAAGAGGGAAAGUGGGCCAAGCUGCCAGGCUGCUUCAUCCUUGGCACUAUCAACCGUACCAAGGUCGAAGACUGCGAAUCAUACGGUGGCAUGGCGAUCCUCAACUCCCGCACGAAGAACGUCCUGGACGCCGACGUCUGGUAUUGCGGUUUCCAGGGCGGUCCGGAGCACAACAACGACGACGACAUCAACCACAGUAUCGUGAGAAUGUACUCCCCGGGCGGCUUGAGGGGUAUCUUGGUCUGCAACUUCCUCGAGAACGCCGCUCCUCGAUCGAGCUGGGCAUGGGCCCCAAUGCUCCUCGUCGGCCUUACGUCACUCGUUGCCCUGUUGUAG